UCAAAUACGGUCAUGGAAAAAAAUCCAUGUUUCAUUAAUUGUAAACUUUUUAUUUCAGAUUUGAAAUUCUCAUGGGUCUACAUAAUAAAGUUGUUAAACCAAACCUAGUGGCUGGACAAACUUUGUCUGGAUUUGUGAUAAACAAAGUAUUUUCUUCCAAGGUGUUGUACCUUAGACCAAACAAAACACUUCUUCAGUCUCCUGAUGAUAUUAUUGAGAAGUGUAUAAACACCUCCGACCAUGAAACAGAACACAAUGAAGGCAAACAUUGUAUUUAUGAAGAUUCUCAUUAUGAAAUGGAACACAGUGAUUUUGAAAAGCAACUCCAAGAAACAUCUGUUUUCCAAAUGACAAACGAUGUGGUUAUAGACAGAGGAUCACUGCCUCGUUAUGAGAAUUAUGAAACUACUUUGACUACUUUACAAGAUCAGCUGGUGACAGAAACUGAAAAAACGGUCCUUCAGAGUGCAUCUACAAAUGCAUAUUCAACAGUUGCUGUAGAAGAAAAUAGUCAGUCAAGUGAUCCUUAUCACCAGUACAUCAAUAUUUUGGAAGUGACCGAAGAUGAUGACAUAGAAGGGCCCAUUGUCUUCAGUGACAACUCUAAUGAUUCAUCAGGCGAUAGUUUCCUUCUUGAAGACAUUCUUCAAAAUUUGGCUGAUGUAAUUAGUGAAGAAGAAAGCAGCAUUUUUAACAUUAACAGAUCUUCACUGUGGGAGGGAGCAGUACGUGGAUUUAAGAGAAAUACCUAUUCUCCUAACAAACAUAUGUCCAUUAAAUUUACUGAUGAUGUUGGCCAUUCAGAAGGCGCUGUUGACAUUGGAGGACCUCGCAGAGAAUUCCUGAGACUUUUGAUGAGAUAUCUCCAAUCUAGUUCUCUCUUUAUGGGGCCAGAACAUAAAAAAUACUUAGCUGUCAAUAGUACAGCUGUGAGAACAGAUGACUACUUCAUUGCAGGAAGAGCUAUUGCUGUUUGCCUUGUACAUGGAGGACCACCACCACAGUUUAUAUCAACUGAGUUGUAUGAUGCCUUGGUCAGUGGACCCGAAAAUGUUAAAUGUGAUUUUAAGAACAUUGAGGAUGAAGACAUAAGGUCAAAAUUACAAAAAAUAUAUGAGGCAAAAACCUUAGGUGAAGCAAGUGAAGCCGUCUUGAAGUUUCAGGAUUUUUUGAGUUUAGCAGGGUGCUUACAUAGGAUGAUUUCUGUUGAAUGUUCUAAACAGAUUGUUGAAGAAGCCACAAAUUGGUAUUUUUCGGGCGCACAAGAGGAGUAUUUGAAAGAUGGGGAUGGAGACAUCUCACUUGGUCAAAUUCUAGCAUUUGCUACAGGAACAGAUUAUCCACCAGCACUUGGAUGGACAACUAAGCCAUCCAUUGAAUUCAUUUAUAGUAAAGAUCUGUUCCCCACUGCAAACACAUGUGCCAAUAUUUUACGUCUACCUACAGUUCAUAAUGUUUAUGAAGAUUUUAAAUGCAACCUUGACUUCGCCAUUCAGAAUUCUCCAGGAUUUGGGCAGACAUAA